AUGAUAGACCAUGUAUUGGGACGGCCGUCGGUACAGUUUAGGAAGAUACAGGUGCUGGCAGUAGUGUCCUUUUGGUCCUUCUACCUCUACCGAGGCGACCGCCAUGGUCCACCAAUCCUCCGCCGCAUAUCCGCCCUCCUCUCCAAGAAACUCACCGUCUGGCAAUCCGUCCUCAUAACACUCCUCUACCUCUAUGUCGCCCGCAACUUCGGCAAGCUCGUUGGCCUCGAGUGUCCCGAGCCCCUCGCAAGCCUCUACUCGCGCUCCUACUUCCGCGCUACAUGGGUCACAACUGCCCUAGACGCGGGCUUCUGGUCUGCUAUGCGCAUAAAGCGGAAAGGCGUGAGAGAUUUAUUGUCCAUCGUGUUCAGCAUAUACUAUAUGAUCUGUGCAGAGCAGGCGGAUGAGAAAGUCAGGAAAAUUAGAGCGACGCUCACGGUGGACCAUUUGCGCGUGGCUUGGAACAAAGGAACAACACCGUAUCUGGGUGCGCUGACAAGUAUGAUGCGACCGAGGUUGAUGGUGUACCCACCGCGCCAGAUUCGUAUACCACGACCGAAGGCCAGUUCGUACAAGGAGCCGGUAACAGGAUGGCUGUACUUCAAUGGGCCACGGAGCGCACUGAAGAAGCAGGACAAGGUCGUCUUAGAUAUACCUGGAGGUGGUUUUGUUGCUAUGAAUCCGAGGAAUCACGACGAUAAGCUCAUGGGCUGGGCUGGCAAGGCGGGACUGCCUGUCCUGAGUCUGGACUACAAAAAGGCACCUGAGCACCCGUAUCCGUAUGCGCUGAACGAGUGCUACGACGUCUACCACAUGAUUAUCGCGUCGAGAGGAACUUGCAUGGGCCUAUCAGGGGAAGUAGAGCCCAAGGUAGUUGUUUCGGGCGAUUCAGCUGGUGGCAACUUGGUCACCGCCAUGGUGCUCAUGAUACUGCAGAGUGGUUCGACCGAGACGCGACGGUGGCAGGGUGAAUCUGCGAUACCACCUCCGAUUGGGGUGGUGCUGAUUUACCCAGCGCUGGACAUGAAUAUCGGCAAUUGGAUGACGGACGAGCAAAUGGCCCUUAUCCGUGAUCGACGAGUGAGAAAGACGAAUCGACCCAUUUUACGGCACAAGAGCGACGACUACAGACAACUUGCGCCAAACACACCUUAUGGCUCUGAUGAUUCUGAUAGUGACGACGAGCGCAAUGGAGUGAGCAUGGCUAAUGGGUCCAUGCCAAAGACCGAUGGCGUCCUCACAUCUCCCCAGACUAUGAUCAAGCUCUCCGCAGCACACACCGGCUGCGACAGCAACUCCCUCUCCCGCCUAGACACCAGCAACACGACGCUUCACCAAACCCCCGGUCAGACAACACCCACAAACGCGAGUAUGCCGCCCACACCCCUCCCGACCCAACCCUCGACACCUGGCGUACCAGCACCCCCAGCCACAGCCAUAAAAACCCGCCUCGCCAUGUCAUCCAUGAUAUCCUACUUCAACGACCGUAUCCUCACCCCAGAGAUGAUGCGCGCAAUGAUAAUCCUCUACAUCGGCCCACACCACCGCCCAGAUUUCUCAACCGAUUACCUCCUCUCCCCACUCUUGGCCCCAGAAUCUCUCUUGGCAAAGUUCCCACGCACCUGGAUGUUGACGGGUGAGCGCGACCCCUUGGUCGACGACACGGUGAUUUUCGCGGGCAGGUUACGACAGGCUAAACGUGCGGAGUGGGUUGCGGCACGGGAGCUGGGACUAGAUUGGGCGCGAGGCGUGUUUAGGGAGGAGGAAUGGGUGAAUGUUGAUCUCGUGCCUGGUAUCAGCCAUGGCUUCUUACAAUUCGUUGGUGUGUUUCCAGAGGGCUGGAAGUACAUUUUCAAAUGUGGCAAGUGGAUUGCUGAGGCUUUUGAGGAGACGACGGAUACCAGGAGAGACGGUGGAGAGACUCCUGGGUACACGCCUGUUACUCCUGCGCGUAGACCACGGGAGAGAGGGGCAUCAACGUAA